AUGGUGCAGGAGCUGCUUGAGUUCUGCGGCCUGGAUUCGGAGUCCCAGUCGACGCCGAGCGCCGGGAGCUUCGGGCCAACUGCGCCGGUGGCGAGUGCGACACACUUCCAGCUGCAGCUGGCGGACCAGGAGCUGGCGGAGAAGAUGGCGGAGGCGUUGCAAGGCCAGCCGCUCUCCGAUGGCUUGGACCAAAUCUUCCACCUGGAGGCGGAGGCGGUGGGCUGCAAGAAGCGCCCAGAGGACCGCGACAAUGCUCAUCAUGCAGGCAGGGCCUGGUGGCAGCGGAGGAAGCGCGACUGGGAGCCGCCUCCGCAGCCGGAGCAGCGGCAAGAGGAGCAGCACAAGCCCUGGGCGGGGCUCUUCGGCACUUUGGAGGAAGAGACCAACCACGUGGUGGCAGGGGUCGUGAAGGUCUGGCACAGCGACAAGGGCUGGGGCUUCGUGGCCACCGAAGCCUCUGGAGGUGGAGACCUUUUCCUUCACAAGAACCAGCUGGUGGGGGAGUUGGCUGACACCGUGCAGCAGGGCGAGGAGGUCUUUUGCGUCGUCCAGAAGAAAGAGGAUCAGCUCUCAAAGUGGAAAGCUGCAGCUGCAACGCCGUGA